AUGCCUCUCGAACCGCCGCCGGCCUAUGAUGCCGAUUCCGAACACACUCCCCUCGUCGCCGGCGCACCCGCUCCAGUCCGCCAGCAAAUCGCCCGCGCCCCUCUGCCCCUUGAGCUCCCAGCAUUGCAAGCCCUCCGUGGCAAGAGAGUCAUCCUCGCAUCUGCCUCGCCGAGACGCAAGCAGCUGCUCAACCAGAUCGGCCUGAGAGACCUCGAGAUCAUCCCCUGCACAGUCCCCGAAGACUUCAGCAAAACUCUCGCUCCUUUCGAAUACGUCCUGCAGACAGCAGAACAAAAAUGCACAACCAUCUACCGUCAAGAAAUCGACUCCGAAAAGGGCGAGCCUGCGCUGGUCAUUGCCGCUGACACGGUCGUCGUGAGUCCCAUGGGAGACAUUCUGGAGAAGCCGAGAAGUGAGAGAGAGCACAUUGCAGUCCUCAAGGGCUUGAGGAACAGCGGCUGGCACAAGGUCUACACCGCCGUCGUAUGUAUGGCUCCGCUAGAGAGUGCUAUGGACCCCGGUUAUGCUUUGAAGAGACACGUCGAGGAGACCAACGUCAAGUUCGACUCCGCAGUAUCCGACGAACUCAUCCUCGCAUAUGUCAAGACCCGUGAAGGCGCCGACAAGGCUGGUGGCUACGGUAUCCAAGGCAUGGGUGCAAUCCUCGUUGAGAAGAUCGACGGUUCGUAUGACAACGUCGUCGGCUUACCACUCAAUGCCACCAUGAAGCUCAUGGGCAAGGUAUUGAACCCUGAGAUUGAGGCCGAUGACGACGACGAAGCAGAGGAGGACUGA